ACACACACACACACACACACACACACACACACACACACACACACACGGUUAUUGAUGAGGUAAAUGAGGAGGGGAGCAACAAGGGCCACACACUCUGCUGGGAAAUGAAGAGAGAAAGAGAGGAGGACUGGUGGGAAGGAGACAACUUCUCAGAGGACAAAGACAGGGACAACCUGAGAGGGACGACAUGAAGUGAGGGCUGAUGUGGACGUCCAGAUGUGCGGGGCAGUGAUGUGAAAACGGAGCGGGGUGUCCCGUUAAAGAGCUAAUAAAGCAGAGGACACAAGGAGACGGGAGAGGAGAAGGGAUGCAGGGAGGAAUACUAAUAUGGAGGACGGAGCGGUCUGAGCUGAGGACAAAAGACGAUGGGACCAAACUUCCACCRGGACGGUUUGAGAGGACGAGACCUGAGAGAAGUGAGGAAAAGAUGACGRCCAUGUUUAAAGAAACCAAGUCAGAGAAGUCACCUCUGCUGCUCGGACUCAUCUAGAAGCUUUGAGGAUUUUUAGAGUCGAUGAAUCUUCUUGUUCUGGACCCUCCUGGAGGAACUUCUCAGGAACAUUUGUCUCAUCGAAUCAUGUCUUCAUAUCCAGGAUCUACCCUGAUCAAACGAUGGAGAACUCCUCCUCAUUGAGAGCAGGUUCUUGCAGUUUUGGAACGUUCCUUUUCAGACUGAAGGAGGUUUUUCACACAAGAACCGUUUUUUAAAUCCCAGCUCCUCUCAGUCUUUUCAGGAAACKUUACAAAUGAGCAUGUAGAGAACAAAAUGAACACUAAUCAGUCGACUCACGUCUCUUCUUGGGUUUUUAAAACAUUUUGUCCAUCGAGGUAUGGCUGAGUUUUGGAGAAAUGUUCUUCAAUUUAGCUUUUUUAAUUCUCAUCAUUCUAAUUUCUUCAUGUUUGUCCACGUGUGUUUUAUUUAACACGUUACUUGAUCAAUUWUGAACUUUUAGUUUGAACAACUCAGGUUUUUCUACAUUUUUAGCAAGUUUAACUAUUUAAAGCAACUUCUCCAGCUGGAAUCUUCACAUCAUGGACGUCUCUGUGUUUCUGGACACCAACAGGACCUCCAUCCAUUCCUGAAAAAUAAAAACCAGSCCGGUCUUUAUGGUGUUUCUCUUCCUUUGCCUCCAAAUCAAAACGAACGAGACACACUCAGGAAGUUUCCCCGAUGAAGAUGAUGAAAAAACAGCUGAAGGGAUCUUUUUAAUAAUCUGAAAUUCUCAUAAAAACUCUAGAGUUUUUGCACAGAGCAUCCAGAACCGGGCCGGGAGCGUUGCAGCAUGGGACUCAGCUGCUUCAAGUCCUGGAAAUAUGACACUUCAGGCCACAAAGGUAACAGAGAUGUGCUGGCCAGCCCGGGAUCCUAUUUCUUCUUAUCCAACAGCUCAGGUCAGGGUGACGAGUGGCUGAAGAGCCUCAACAAGGGGGUCUGGAUCCCUUUUACUGGGGUCUUUGGGCAGCGUCUGGAGGAGACGGUCCUGUAUGAGCGUCGCUAYGGGACACGUUUGGUCCCCCUGGUGGUGGAGCAGUGUGUGACCUUCAUCCUGGAGCGUGGCCUGCACGAGGUGGGCUUGUUUCGCCAACCUGGACGCACCAGUCUGGUCAAAGAGCUGCAGGAAGCCUUUGAUUCAGGGGAGAGGCCAUCUUUCGACAGGUACGACCCCUUGGCUGUUCUUGUAGUGUUUUUCAGGUGUUCUUUUCAAAAUCUGUUUUUAUUCAUGCGUGCGCGCAGCAGCACAGACGUCCACACAGUGGCGUCGCUGCUGAAGCUCUACCUCAGACAGCUGCCGGAGCCUCUGGUUCCUUACUGCCACUACCAGGACUUCCUGCUCUGCGGCCAGAAGUUGUCCAAAGACCGUACUCUGGGUCUACUGGAGUUGAGGAAUCUUCUUCAUGAGUUACCAGUUGCAAACUUCAAUCUCCUCAACUUUAUCUGCCAGUUUCUGAAUGAGGUCCAGAGUUACUCCAGCAGUAAUAAGAUGACCGUCCAGAAUUUAGCUACCGUUUUUGGGCCAAACAUCCUCCGAGCAAAAACUGAAGACCCGCAAAGCAUCAUGGGAGGUGCAGCUCUGGUCCAGGUACUGAUGUUGGAGCUCAUCAGAGAACAUGAGUCUCUCUUUGCCAAAGCACCUCCGCCCGUCUACGUCCGUCCACCUCGAAGUCUGAACGCUUCCCCUCUGAAGCAGGCGCACCUCCAACCAUCUACUUGCCUUCGCCAGCUGUCUCUGCCUCUGAUCGCGGACCACUCAACAGAAAUGGAACCGGCUGCAACCAGCUGUGCCUUCUCUGCGGCUGGAACAUCAGACUUGUCCUCGGACCAGAAGAGACACAUCGGCCAUCGCUACACCUCCUCCCACCCUGGGAACUGCUGCUUCCCCCCUCCUGCCUCGAAUGACUCCAUUCAGGAUGACUCAGACAGACCCAGUGGAGAUUAUCACCAUGCAUCAACUCCUGCAAAUGUUUCUACAACCAACCUCCAGCGACAGCAGGACAGCUCUCAAACUGUGACGCUGAGGGGAGGGGCAAAGGCAUGGCCACACCCAGACAAAACAGCUUUAGCUUUCUGGAGCUGUAGAGGUGCAGAAAAAGCAGGUUUGAUGUCAGAACCGGCCAGCGGAGGCAGCAGUGAGGCACAGGACAGCACACCUUCUCCUUACGACAACCUGGACCGAGCAUCUAUGUGUCCAACGGUGAAGGACGCUCCUGACUCCAAUGCUGCAGAACGUCACAAWGAAACUAGUGAAUCUGCAGCAGAGCAGGCAGGAGAAUCCUCAUCUUCGUGGUCUUCCUGUGAAGUUCUACCACUGGACGACGGUGGUGACGAUGUGGGGGCAGUUAGUCCUGAAAACCCAAUGAAGACCCCUGAAAAGUUGCCUUUAACUGCGAAAGUAGAACAAGAAACCGUUCAUAAAGACAACCGUAACAUAAACACACACCACCCAAACUCCUGGGCUUCUGGCUCUGUAUUCAGUGUCAGCCCUCUCAGUACAGGGAGCUCAGAGGUCUUCCUCCCCUCUGGUCCUUCAGAUCUCCAGGGACCAGAGACUUCAUCAGAAAUCCGAAACAAUUAUUCAAUAGUGGCCAAACUGAGGCAGCAGAUGGCCCAACAGAAGGCCGAGUACCAAAGGAAAAUCGAAAGGUUGGAGCKAAGCAACGACGUUCUCGAGAGGCAGGUUUCAGUUCUUCGGCUCAGUCUGGAGCAGCACAGGCGGAGCCAGAGCGUUGCCGAGAUUAAGAUUCGAAACAUGGAAAGAGCCAAAGCYGACGCCGAUCGCAGGAACACCAGUCUGCAGAAAGAGAUGGAGCUGUUCUUCCGAAUGAGCGAAGAAAUCAGGAGAAGAGGAGGAAACACAGGAGGAAGAGGMGGAGGAAGCAUCUGAAUGUGGCGGGAACGAUGAAGAAUAUUUCCUGACAGGUUUGGAUCAAUCGAUGAGGAUCCACGACUCCCGGUUAAACCUUAAAGUAGCAUUAAAUUCUACUGGAGCUAGAUUAAAAUCCAUCCUCUCUCUUCCAUGUGUCUUUGGUUGGCUUCUGAAGGAAACAGGUCCAGAAAGGAAACCCAGACUUUCUGAUCCCCAUGAUACCAUCCAGUCCAGGGAAUCCUAAGGCAUUCCAGUGCCUGGGAGGAAAUAUAAUCCCUCCAGUGAGCUCUGGGUCUACCCRAGGAGGUAGAAUUAUUCUAUAGUUUUAGCUAAGGAGGUUUAUUCUUCCUGCAGCUUUCAGACUGUUAAGUAUUUUGUUUCUUCUGGGACUUGAAACAAAUAAAUAAAUUGUACAAAGUCCCUSUCCUCUGCAUGACGCCACUUUUUCAAUAAAACAAUGACUUUACUUCAUGAAUAAAGUCARACAUGCUUGAAUUUUAGAAGUUUAAAAUGGUCAAAGGAUCUGUGGGAAAAGUCACGAGUUAAACAUGAAAGUUUCUGUCUUUGUGAGGUGAAAUGAAAACUUGUUUUAAUAAAGUUUUUAAACCAAAAAUAAUCGAACUCAGACUUGUUUUUCUCUAGUGAGAAUGUWACAUUUAUUGUCAAACUCUGCUGGCAAAGUAAACUAAACUGUACAGAAACUAAAAAUCRAAGACAAUAAAUCUUAUAUUCAUGUUGAACAGUCAAAAUAAAGUCAGGACAGAGACUUAAAGGAUGGGUAAUAAAACUGAAACAGAAUGUGUCCAACAGGAAACACAAAGUUGGUUGAACUUGUGAUGAAAGGGAGAGGCAGACCAACACCACAGUAGAGUUACAAACUUCUAAUUUUCACUUCGAAAACAGAGACUAAGCCAUGGUUCURUUAUACAGGAGUAAAUGACCAGAAAACAGACGGUUUCCCUUCAAAAUAAAUGUGGAACUAAUAAAACAAGGCCAGAGACUUAUUAAUUUGUACAUAA